AGAUGCUAAUGCUAAUGCUGCUAAAAGACCCGGGUGUGAAAUACUGGUUUACGCUCAUCAUGUUGCUCAUAUCGGCUACAUGUAACGCUGACGUGUCCUCGUGACGCGCCAUCACACUUCUGUGACUUCUAACGUUAUGGGCGCGUGCAGUGUAAGUUCUGAAGAUCAGAGCCGCUGAAUACUGAAUAAUGAUGUCCUGCGUGACAUGGAACGCUUAAGUGGGUUAUGACAUUUGGAUUGCAUGACAUGGAACGCUUAAAUGGGUUCUGAUGCGCUGAUUCUGUGGCAUUGAACGCUUAAGUGGGUUCUGAUGCUCGGAUUCUGUGGCAUUGAACGCUUAAGUGGGUUCUGAUGCUCUGAUUCUGUGACAUUGAACGCUUAAACGGGUUCUGAUGCUCGGAUUCUGUGGCAUCGAACGCUUAAGUGGGUUCUGAUGCUCUGAUUCUGUGACAUUGAAUGCUGAAGUGGGUUCUGAUGCUCGGAUUCUGUGACAUGGAACGCUUAAGUGGGUUCUGAUGCUCGGAUUCUGUGACGUGGAACGCUUAAGUGGGUUCUGAUGCUCGGAUUCUGUGACAUGGAACGCUUAAGUGGGUUCUGAUGCUCGGAUUCUGUGACAUGGAACGCUUAAGUGGGUUCUGAUGCUCGGAUUCUGUGACGUGGAACGCUUAAGUGGGUUCUGAUGCUCGGAUUCUGUGACGUGGAACGCUUAAGUGGGUUCUGAUGCUCCGAUUCUGUGACGUGGAACACUGAAGUGGGUUCAGACGCUCCGAUUCUGUGACAUUGAACGCUUAAACGGGUUCUGAUGCUCGGAUUCUGUGGCAUCGAACGCUUAAGUGGGUUCUGAUGCUCUGAUUCUGUGACAUUGAAUGCUGAAGUGGGUUCUGAUGCUCGGAUUCUGUGACAUGGAACGCUUAAGUGGGUUCUGAUGCUCGGAUUCUGUGACGUGGAACGCUUAAGUGGGUUCAGAUGCUCCGAUUCUGUGACAUGGAACGCUUAAGUGGGUUCUGAUGCUCCGAUUCUGUGACAUGGAACACUGCUGUGAAGCAGGUGACUGGGACACGGAUCCAAAGAUGAGGAAGCAUUUAGACCAGGAGUUCAUCGCUGAAGUGGUCGUCCGCCUGCUUCUGCUGACAGUGUUUUUAGUGACUGAGAAACUGGCUCCAUUUACCCGACAGAUCCAGCCUGAGGAAAUCUGGCUUUACAGGUUUCACCAUGUGAAGAACGACCACAUUCCUACCUCACUCAUGUUCAGCAUCGCGCUUUUUACACCGCUGGUCACCAUUCUGCUUUUUGCAUUACUGAAAAGAACUGAAAAAGGGGAGAUUAAGGAGGCUUCGUUAGCUAUGACGUUGACUCUGCUCCUGAACGGAGUUUUCACCAAUGCUGUAAAGCUGACUGUGGGAAGGCCGCGUCCCGAUUUCUUCUACCGUUGCUUUCCAGAUGGUCAGAUGAACCCGGAGUUUAAGUGCAGCGGCGACCCUGAAAUGGUCACAGAGGGGAGGAAGAGUUUCCCCAGUGGCCACUCAUCAUUUGCAUUUGCCGGACUGGGCUUUACGGCACUUUUCGUGGCUGGGAAGCUUCGCUGUUUCAAUCCGGCAGGUCGGGGAAAAGCGUGGCGUCUGUGUGCGUUCCUCACACCUCUACUCUGUGCCGUCUUGAUCGCUGUCUCCAGAACAUGUGACUACAAACAUCACUGGCAAGAUGUGUUAGUGGGAUCACUGCUGGGUUUGACGUUCUCGUACCUGUGUUACCGACAGCAUUAUCCAUCACUCACCGAGUCAGAUUCCCAUAAACCCCUGCGGUUCAGAGACACAGUACCCUCAGCACAGGAACGCAAACAAGCCACUGCAGGAUUCCUCUUGCCUCUGUAGGGAUGCCAGUAGCACUUAAACUAAUGCAGAACUGUGUGAUGGACAUGUCCUCAUUCAGAGCCCUUACGCUAAUGCUGCCAAUAUGUAUAUAUGUGAGUGUGAGUGCAAGACCUAGGAGUCUCUGUUUCCAUUGGGCCUUCGUAAGAACAUAUUUAAGUAAAAAAAAAAAAAAUGAAAGAAAUACUUUGUUUUUUGUAGAUAUUUGGAUUUGUAUUGGAUCAUGAACAGCCUGGGGUUUCUGCAUCAGGUUUCGAAUACCUGUUUGAAUAUCAUGUUUGUCCCUAACUCACUGCCUUUAUAAUGGGGUCUAUCAAUAAAUGUUUGGAAAGUUUG